AUUAUUUUUUUAUCCUUGGGAACUUUAAUUUUUAUAAUCAGAUUUAUUUCUAAACGAAAGCAUCUGUUGGCCACACUUUUAAGAUUAGAAGGUUUAAUACUAAUAUUGUUUGGUGUAGUUUAUUGUGUAUCUACCUUCUACUUUAGCUUCUUAAAUUUUGUUUUGGUGUUUUUGACAUUGACAGCUUGCGAAGGUGCCCUAGGUUUAAGCUUGCUCGUAGUAAUUGUUCGGACCCACGGAAGUGACCACUUUAACUCUUUAAAUUUUCUUCAGUGCUAA